GAUUUGGAAUUUUGUUUUGGAUUCAUUUCAAAAAAAAAAAAAAAAUUUUCUUCGAAAAUCAUGAAGAAUAUUUCAUUAAUUUCAUCAAUUCUCAUAUUCAUAAUUGGUUGUUUACAUUUAUUUUUAGUACCUUAUACAAAAGUUGAAGAAUCAUUCGGUAUACAAGCUUGUCAUGAUUUUCUUUUCCUUUCCAAAUGGUUAUCAUCAUCACCGGCUAACGAUCCAAAACAACAAUCUUCUAAGAUAAUUUGGGAUCAUGAAAAUUUUCCCGGUGUUGUACAUCGAACAUUCAUUACAAAUUUCAUUAUCGCAAUAAUUACAAAACCAUUUUAUUGGUUAUUUCAAACUAUUAUCGAUUUGGAUAAAUUUUUUGCACAAAUUUUCAUACGUUUAUCAUUGUUAUUUUGUUUUACAUUUGCAUUCAAAAGAUUUAUUCAUUCUACAACAACUACUACUAGUUAUCGUCAUCAUAAUUCAUCCAUUUGGUGGUUAACAUUGUUAACAAUUACACAAUUUCAUCUAAUUUUCUAUUCAUCACGUACAUUACCAAAUACAUUUGCAUUGAUUUUAAUGUUAUUUGCAUAUGAUUAUUGGAAUCAUCAACAAUGGUCAAUGUUUAUUUUUUUAUUUGCUUUCACUGUUAUUGUUGUUCGUUUUGAAACGAUUAUAUUAUUUUCUAUUAUCUGUUUGAUUGAAUGUUUUUACACUCGACGAUUAUCAUUAAUCAAUAUUUUUAUUUAUGGUAUUCCAAGUGGUUGUUUUUCAUUAUUAUUAACCAUAUUGUUUGAUUCGUUUAUGUGGAACAAAUGGAUUUGGCCUGAAGGUGAUACAAUAUGGUUUAAUAUUGUUGAAAAUAAAUCACAUCUUUGGGGUGUACAGCCAUUUUAUUGGUAUUUUACCAAUGUUUUACCGAAUAUAUUUUUCACAACAAUUUUAUUAUUACCGUUUGCAUUGAUUUUCAAACAAUUCUGGCAUCCAUAUACAUUCGUAUCGUUUGCAUUUAUAUUUUUAUAUUCAUUUUUACCACAUAAAGAACUUCGAUUUAUCAUUUAUGUUGUGCCAUUAUUGAAUGCAAUAUUUGCUCAAAUUAUCAUUACAAUCAAUGAUUUUAUUGUUCAAUUUCAACAUUAUGUGUUCAAACUGUUGAAACAGUCUAAAUUCCAAAAUUAUCGAUUACUUAUCAAUCCGAUAUCCGUAUAUUUUAUCAAACAUUUACAACAUUUUUUUCAUUAUGGCCUUAUUGUAAAUCUUUUUCUUAAUCUGAUAAUAACAAUUAUCAAAUUAUAUAUUUCAAGUUAUAAUUAUCCAGGUGGUUAUUCAAUACAAAUUAUUAAUGGUAAUAUUCAACAAUUACAAUCAAAAUCUGGAACAUCCGAAAAAUUUGGUGUUUAUGUUUGUGAUUUGGCUGCUCAAUCUGGUGUGACAAGAUUUCUUCAGCUUGAAAAUGUUUAUUAUAAUAAAGAACCAAAAUUUUAUAUUGAAAAUUUUCAACAAUACGAUUGGAUCUAUCUACUGAUCGAACCAAAAGAUCGUUCGGAAUAUUUCAAUCAAUGUAAUGAUAAAUAUGAUUGUCAAAUAUCUUCGACAGUGAAAAAUGACCAUCAUGAUCAUCAUUAUCAUUUCAAUUGUACAUUACUACAAUCAAUAUUAACAUUGGAUAAAUCAAGUUUAACUAAUUUUCAUAUCGUUCUCGAAAUUCAUAAAUGUCAAUCAUUUAUCGUAAACGAUUCUAUCGAAUUAUCAAAUAAUCGUCCAUCAUAUUGAAUUUUUUUUAAAAAAACCAAAAAGAAAUAUUUAUUCAAUAACACACUAGAUGU